AUCUCGUCCAUCAUCGGUAGUGUCAUGCUGUCUAAUGUAUCAGUGGUAAACAAUACUAAUAAUGGGAUAUACAUCAAUGACAUUACUGGUACAGUUAACAUGAGUGAUGUCGUAUCUCAUUCCAACUACGAACACGGGAUUUACAUAUCCAUUAUAACCGGUGGAGUUGAUAUGAGUGAAAUCGUAUCUCAUACCAACAGUGACCACGGCAUCUAUCUAGGGAAUGUGACAAACGUAAAUAUCGGUAGUACCACGGUAUCUUCUUGUGCUAAAGGACUGUUCGUACAAGGAUCAGAUGGAAACAUAUCUGUGGAGUCAACAGUUGCCAACUUUAACUCUGAAGAAGGUAUCCACAUCUCUUCAUGCCUCGGUAGUGUCACAAUGUCGAAUGUAUCAGUUGUUGACAACUCUGACCAUGGGAUGUACUUCAAUGACAUCACUGAUACGGUUAAUAUGAGUGAUGUUGUAUCUCAUACGAACAAUGGCCACGGGAUCUAUAUGUCGGAUGUCACAAGCGUAUAUAUUGACAGAGGCACCAUAUCUUCCUGUGCUAAUAAAGGACUCUACGUAGAAAGGGCGGGUGAGGGACUUAUAUCCGUGGAGGCAACAGUCAUCCAAAACUCCCAAGAAGGUAUCCGGAUCUCGUCGUCGCUCGGAAGUAUUCUGUUGUCAAAUGUAUCAGUUGUAGACAACUCUGACAAUGGCAUAUACUUCAAUGGCAUCACGGGUACAGUUGAUAUGAGUGAUAUUGUAUCCAAUAACAACAGGGGUCACGGUAUCUAUCUACUGCAAGUAACAGACGUGCGUAUUGACAGAAGCACGAUAUCUUCUUGUGCUAAAGGACUGUGGAUACAGGGAGCAGAUGGAAAUAUAUCCGUGGAGUCAACAGUUGCGAACCAUAACUCUCAACAAGGUGUCUUCAUUUGGUCAUGCUAUGGUAGUGUCCUGUUGUUGAAUGCAUCAGUUGAAGACAACUCCGACCAUGGAAUAUACUUCAAUGACAUCACUGGUACAGUUAAUAUGAGUGAUAUUAGAUCUCAUUCCAACAGAAACCACGGUAUCUAUUUAUCGGAUGUGACAAGCGUAUACGUUGAAAGAAGCAUGGUAUCUUCUUGUACUAAGGGGGUGUACGUGCAAGGAGCAGCGAAGGGACAUAUAACUGUGGAGUCAACAGUUGCCGUACAAAACUCUGAAGAAGGUGUCUACAUCUCGUCAAGCCUCGGUAGUGUCACGGUGUCGAAUGUGUCGGUUGUUAACAGCUCUGGCCAUGGGAUAUACUUCAAUGAAAUCACUGGUACAGUUGAUAUGAGUGAUAUCGGAUCUCAUUCCAAUAAUGGUCACGGUAUCUAUCUACGGGAUGUGACCAAUGCACAUAUUGGCAUGAGUACGAUAUCUUCUUGUACUAAAGGGCUGUACGUACAAGGACUACAAAAGGAGGGACAUAUAUCCGUGGAGUCAGCAGUUGCCGUUCAAAACUCUGACACAGGUAUCGACAUCUCGUCGUUGGUCGGUAGUGUCACGCUGUCAAAUGUAUCGGCUGUAGACAACUCCAACCGUGGAAUAUAUAUCUAUGACAUCACUGGUGCAGUAGACAUGAAUGGCAUCGUCUCUCAUUCUAACUAUGACUAUGGGAUAUACAUCUCUCACAUUACUGGUACAGUUGAUAUGAAUGAUACUAUAUCUCAUUCUAACUCUGACGACGGAAUCUAUCUACGGAACAUUAGAAGCGCCUUGCUAACUGACGUAGUUGCAUCUGACAACGGAGCCAAUGAUGCAGGAAUAACCAUUUACCAUAGCUCCAGCCAUCAAGGCCAAUACAAGAUGGUAAAUGUGACAUGUCAGGACAGCAGAGGAAAGGGUUUAGACAUAAAUAUACCAUCGGAAGCAAGGGUGGAGAUGUAUUCCAGUCGUGUACAAGGAAACGACCAAGGAGGGAUUUACGCAAACUUCGGAAGUACUCAGCCCAGCCAGAAUGCAGGCAUCAUUCUACAAAACAGCGAACUUUACAAUAACAAAAGAUUCGCUUUGCACGUGACAGGUAAACAGACAUCAAUCGUUAUCGCCAACAGCACCAUCUCCAAUAACAUCUGUCCCUAUCAACCAGCUGUUGGCUUCGAAGGAGAAACAAACGACGUUAAUCUUACAAAUAGCCUCCUAGUCGGUAACAAUGCAAGAGAAACUCUGUCAUUUCUGUUCGGAGAUUAUUCUCACGAGUUCAGUUCUCGAAACAUCCAUGUCAUUGGCAACGUCUUCAAUGGCAAUAUCUACAACCCAAGCCAAACCGACGGGAACUUUCAGUACAGCCAGUACCCGGAUCAUACCUCAUGUACCAUUGAGAUUGGCGGCUACGUGACCUACUGUCAUCUGAGUCACAACAUGCUGGACAAUCCAGACAUGAACUACACCAUGUGCAGCAGGAUCUCUACAACUUCCCCUGAUGAGACGAUUGACGCCAGGUACAACUGGUGGGGAACAGCAGUUGAAAAUGAGAUUCGAGACAAGAUUUCUGACUUUGGCCAUUGGAACGACCGAGCUCCUGUAGACUACUUCCCGUACCUGACAGGCCCUGACGUGUCCUCUCAUCUAGCUGACCUCUCUAACCAAGAUGUCACCAUGGCAACUAACAACAUCGGAGGGAGGAUUCAUCGUUCACUUCAUCUACGAAAAGAUGGUGGUCCGUACAUAAUCAAAGGGGAUUUGACCGUAUUGAAAAACGCCUCACUUACAAUAGAACCCGGGUCUACUUUUAAGGUACACCCGUGUGUUGGUUUGUUGAACCUAGGUUCUCUUGUUGCCCAGGGAACAAGGUCAGAACCAAUUUAUUUCGACAUCGCGGACGUGCCACUUUACCAACCCCAGGUCCGGCUGGUGGGAGGGCGGUUCCCAUGGGAAGGUCGUGUGGAAGUGUUCUAUAACGGGACAUGGGGGACAGUAUGUGGGAGAUACUGGGACUCUCAAGAUUCAAAUGUUAUUUGUCGUGAACUCAACUAUGAAAAAUGUUCAGUCUGCAAGACAUACUCAUUUGGAUCAGGCGCUGGGCCGAUAUGGAUUGGUGGAUACAACAGCAGGGUCGACUGUGUUGGACAUGAAAGGAGCAUCUUUAAUUGCCUCCUGGCAGCGCCGGGCAAUACUAAUAUAUUCUGUACACACUCAUGGGACGUGGGAGUGCGAUGCACACCAAACUCUGCCAUUUCGACUCGACCACUAUGCAGAACAAGAAGAUGGGGUGGGAUCAAACUAAAUGGCAAUGACUAUUCAAAAGUAAAGCACAUUGUCAUAAAGAACACUGGCAGUCUUCAUGGAUUGGCAAGUCCAGGGCUCACAGUUGGAGCAUCAGAAGAGGUCAUAAAUGUAUCGAGUAUCCAUAUCAGCGAGUGUGAAGGGAUUGGACUUGAAGUUGUUGGUGGAAAACGGUCAACGGCAAUGACAGAUGUCACAAUCCAUCAGUGUUCUGGUGACACCGGCAUCUCAAUAUUUGGAAGGAAAUCCCACAUGGUGGCAUCACAAACAAGUUUCGUUGAAAGCAGCUUUCUCAUCGGAUCCUUCAACAUGAAACCGAACGUGCCCUCUGUAACUAGCGAUGAAUGUGGCCGCCCUGUAACAAUUGUCGCAGACAAAGGGACAAUCACCAGUCCAAAUUACGGUAGAUCAAACUAUCAAAACAACUUGCGAUGUGAAUGGUUGAUUGUAGUGCCCAGAGCACCAGCCACUCUACGAUUUAUACACAUCAACACUGAAUAUGGAUGGUACUAUAACAAUGGAUAUGGAUAUAGAAAUGGAUAUGACUAUGUCACUAUCUAUGACGGGCCAACAACCUCAUCAGUUAGUUUUGGGCGGUUUGGGGGCGCAACCAUCCCAUCUCCAGUCGUUUCAUCAAGCAGGGAAGUCUUUGUGACAUUUAGGACUGACUCUAUGUUCACUCGAGAGGGAUUUGAGUUGGAAUUCUCCUCAACAGAAUCUGAAGACAUCGAUGACGAAGGUAUCUGUCCUUGUACGUACAGCAUCCAAGACUCCACAUUUAGAAACAACAGUGGGAGUUUCAUCAACAUAACCGCGAUUACUGAUGCAACCAUAGAUAUCCAGAGGAGCAUCUUUUCACAAAGUCAAGCACGCGGUGAAAACGAUACAGACGGUGUGAUGUACUUUUCGGGUGAUAUUGCCAACACGAAUUUGACCAUAAGAAAUAACUACCUGUCAGGCAAUGCAAUUAAAGGCCUGUAUUUCAAAGAUCUGAAACAUGAAAAUGUGACCGUAAACAUUCUUGAAAAUCACUUCUUCCGAAACAAAGCCGGUGCUCUACUGAUGACAAAUGGUGACAGCUUCAAUCAAACACUCCGCGCGUUGUCGAUAAAGAACAAUGUUUUCUCAAGCAACGAGGAAACUGAUUCAGAAGAUCUCAUUUCCAUUGAAAACUUUAACGGGCGUGUAGAAAGUAACACAUUCUUUAACAACUCGGGACAUUUCAUUGUGAAUUGGCACGGUGGAAAUACAUCUAAUGAUCAACAGAUUUGUGACAACAAUUUGUUCUACGAUAACAUCGGCAUGAUGCCGGGUGAAAAGUACACAGUUGUCGUGUCAGGUACGGACGUACAACUGCACGGCAAUGUCCUCACCAACCCUGCAAACGAUGCUGAGUUAGCCACAUCCCACAGGACACCGUUUCAUCCCGUCAAUGCUACCCACAACUGGUGGGGGUUUGACAAGAGAAACCUGAUAGAGACACGGAUCCGAGACAGGAAAGACCGGGACCAAUGGGCCGAGGUGUUGUUUGACCCUUGGACACCUGAAGCACCAAGCAAUAAACCUUGUGAUCUGGGAUGGACAUACAGUAAGCCACUUAGUGCCUGCUACAGGUACAUGGGUGGAUCGCAGACUUGGGAUGACGCUGUGAAAUCUUGUCAGGCACAGCUUUCUAUACUUGUACGGAGGUUUGCAGGGCUUGAAAGGACGACACUUGACAACCUGUUAGUCUCACGAGAGGAGGACUUCCUGCCGGGAAUACCUGUCUGGAUAGAGAGAGGAGUGGCGGACAACUGCAAAACGUACCAUCCAACACUCAGCGGAGCUCUGCAGACUGUGGCAUGCGCGUCUCACUAUCCUUUCUUCUGCAAGAGACCUCUGGCUGUGGUUACAGUCGAAGCUUGUCCAAACUCCUGUUCCCACCACGGAAGCUGUGAGGGACAGACGUGCGUUUGUCAGAGAGGCUGGGGGAAAGACGACUGUUCCCAAUAUAACUGUAGGGAGAGAAACGACUGUGGUGAAUACGGCACAUGUGUGGGACCAAACAUCUGCAGGUGCAGGAAUGGAUGGCAGGGUCGUGCUUGCACUGUAAGCUACUGUAACCGGUUCACCAGCUGUAAGUCCUGUACACGGGAGGUUGGGUGUGGCUGGUGUGAGGAGAGACAAAGCUGUGAAUCCGGGCUGUACAGAGGACCAGACGUGUUCCCGUGUAGGUCGUGGUUCUAUCACGGCUGUUUCACCGUGGGACAGAGGAACCGAUGUUCAGAGAACAUAGAGAUCGUUGACUGUGAAUCAAAGCAAUGCAACAAGGCACUGUCCACUACUACAGUCGAGUCUUGCUUGAGGUGCCAGGACAUGGAGGCCUGUUUCAGGACAUCGAAUGAAGACUACUGCAACGUGUGGAAUGAAGACCAGUGUCCCAAGGGCUUCAUCCAUCCACUGUACAACGACACCACGCGAAUUGAGAAGAUUCUCAUCGCCCAUAACGUAAAGUACGUACCCUCAAAGGACAACAUCUUGUACCGGUGUCCACUCCGCUUGUCCAGUAGUGGAGCCACCAUGUUUGUGAAUGAAGGGGAUCUGGACAUUCAGUUUGAUCAGGUGCUGUCCAGUCCUCAGGCAAACGGUGUGCUUCACAAGGUGGAACGAGUUACAAAGACAGACAGUUACACAGUGAUGGUGGCGCACCCUGCUGCUCUGGAGGACAUGCUGGAUUACAGUGACUUCAGCCAGGAGGUUCAGCUGGAGGCGGCUGUGGACAUGAGGAGGAACGAGGGAGCUCCUGAACUGUCCGAGGUGGAGAGGGUGCUGAAAGGAAACGGGACGCUUGACGGCAGCACUGUUCAUGUCAUCACAGAAGAUACCGCCGUCUACAAGUGUAUUGGAGAUCGGGCUACGAACAAAGGUGUGGGCAGCUACCAUCUGCUGAUGAGAGAUAUCUCUGACCACCUGUCAGUUGGUGACGUCAUUGUCAGUAACCAUAGUAACGGGAUACUGGAAAGGGUUAUCCGACAGAAAACUACACCUUACGGAGUCUUCAUACAAACCGAGCUACAGGAUUGCUCCACACCAUUCAACUCAAAUGAGGAACUAAAAACCACAGACGGGGAGUCUCUACCAGCCUCUUUACCCUGCCCUGGUGGGCCGGAUGGGACAGAUGGCCUGCUUGUUGUUGAGUCCGGAGGGAAAGAAGUGGACCUGGAGGCUGGCGACGUGGUGGUGGGGAGACGGAGCGGCAGGCUGCUGGCAAAAGUUAUGGAAAUCACAACAGUGGAUGGGUACAAGCUAUUGGAAGUGGAGCCAGUCCUGAGCAGGACCAAAAUCACACCGCCGGCAAGAUCAAGAAGACGACGUGACGACGCCACCAUAGGCAUAGCUCCUAUCAGGACCCCUCUGAACCUCAGCAUCGAAGACAGCUUUUCCAUGACCACUGAUGGUUAUAGCAUCGAUCUAUCUACAAGAGGGGGGCUGUCUGCUGGCAUCAAGCUCUCACUUGCAGUAUCGACGUCGGAGUUUCGAACACCAACGCUUAAGAAGGCCGGAGCUUUCUUUAUUGGUGGGCGGCUAGAAAUGGGACUGGAAGGCUCUCUAGACGUGUCGGAGAGUACACAGGCGAGAGACGGCUUUUGGAUGGAACUGUCCCCUCGCUACGUCUCACUGUGUGUCAGCAGCACACUCUGCAUACCGGCCAAAAUAUGGGGGCACAUUGUCACUUCGUACGAAAUCUACGCUGAGGGUCCAGGCAGUAUUCAGAUGUCCUCCACUGUGGUUAAACCGGAUAUUGACGGAGGUGGAAGCUGGCAACCACAAGAAGGGGGGCAAUGGUUCUCGUUUGAUGAGAAUGAGGAAUCCGAAAGCGCAGAUAUAGUGAUAUCGUCCUACUCUGGUGCGGUCAAUAAGAGUGAUCAGCUCAUCAGUUUGGAGCUAAAAGUCAGACCGACAUUUUUCCUCGAGUUCCCCACAUCUGGUGAGAGUGAAGAGGAGACCAACACGAUACAGUCCAUAGAAGAUGCGCUAGGUUACAUUAGUCAAAGUGAUGCUUUUGGGUACACCACCUCCAUUCAGUCCCAAGCAGUCCUGCGUGUAUCAGCCCAGUCCUGUUCUACUGACUGCCCGUAUUCAGACAGACCACAGUACGUCGGCGUCACGUCAGCACUGGACUAUCUGAGAGGAGCGUUUAACGUCAUCGUUGGGAACAAGGAGUACUAUCAGGAACACGAGUGGAGACGUGAAGAGUGGAUGGACUCUGAUAGAGAAUGCAAAGCACAGCCGUCAAGUAUCGACACCUGUAGGGACAUCUGUUUAUCAUGCCCUGGUGGAUUACUGAUAGGGAGGCCACACCCUACAAACGAGAGCCACUGCAUGUGUCCUUGUAACUGUGGGAGCGGAAAUAUAAGCUUCACGCAUCCCGACAUAUCUGGUGACAAAUGUAACUGCGAUGUCUGCCCAGAUGGAGAGUUCAAAACGAUCAACAACCAGGGACAUCUACACUGCCCAUGUCUGUGUCCUGAUAACAGAAUAUCAGUACUGACUAGCGAUGGGACAUGUGACUGCUCCUGCACCUGUCCUGACGGUAGCAGGGAUGUGGUGCUGAGUGACGGCAGCUGUCCGUGCAGGUGUACCUGUAACAACUGCCACGAGUCGGUUCUCGGGCCUCAAGGCUGCAUCUGCUCUGAUAGCUGUCCUGACUGUGAGAAUGAUGAAGAACCCGAGUGGCAGGACUGUGUGUGUAAGUGUCCACAGAAGACAGAGUGCGGGAUCCCACCUACAUGUGUGGUGGGGAGGAUGGGGCCGGACUGUAGACAGCCAGACUGCAGGCCAUGUCAAGGCUGCUCCGGAAACGGGCAAUGUACCACGUCAUCAGACAGCUGUCAGUCAUCCUGUGUGUGUUCGCCUCGGUGGUUCGGUGACUGUUGUGAGCUUGUCCGCGGGCGUCCUAUUGGAGGGGACCCUCAUCUCCAGACACUGGACGGGAUAUCAUAUGACUAUCACGGCAUUGGUGAGUUCUGGGACUGUAAGAGCGUGUCCAAUGACUUCGGCGUACAGACCCGGAUGUACGCGUACGAAAGCGCUUCUCUGAUUGGUGGCUUUGCAGUGAAGACCGGGCACAGUGUCGUCACCCUGAUGACGUUACCGAACGCAACGGAAAAUGACGUUCCCGAUAUAAGGAUCGAUGGUGAACCACACCAGCUUGCUGUCGGACAGAAACAUCUCCUGAACAAUGGGACAAUCCAUCUGAUCGCUCAGCAACCAUCAAAAAACGCUACGGAGUCAGGGGCUGUCAUCAUCAUAUCUCUUACGUUUGCUACAGGGGCAACUGUGUCAUUUGACAUCCGGUACUCACCAAAGAUGGGCCGCCAGUUUGUCAACAUUUUGUUCAGCCCCACGGCCGCGUUCAAGGGCAACACGGAGGGACUGUGCGGGCUCAUGGAUGACGAUGAUGCCAAUGACUUUACUGGUCCGGACGGCGCUGUGUACAACGACACUUCUGUAUUUGCUGAAACCUGGCGUAUAAACAAAACCCACCACGGCUCAGGUCUGAUGGGGUCCUGGUCAUGGAACUCUUCUAACUUCCAUCCUGAUGACGUCAUGGAUCCUGCCUACUCCGACCCGAACCAUCGUCCUUCUGUCGGCAUAGAUGGACUGACUCAGGAACAAAAGGAAAAAGCUGAAGAGAUGUGUAUCGCUCUCGGGUUGACCGGCACUCUUCUGAAUGAAUGUAUCUUUGACGUGUCAAUCACCAACGACACAACCUUCACUGAGCAAGAGGUUUUCAAAAGUUGCCCAAACCAGUGUUCCGGUAGGGGUCGCUGUGUUAACGGAAGCUGUGACUGUAUAACGGGCUGGUCUGGUGAAGACUGUAACGUUGGAAACUGUACUGACUGCUCCGAGGAUCACGGGAGAUGUGAGCUGGGGUUCUGUGUGUGCGAGCCCGGAUGGGAGGGAGCAGCCUGUGAUCAACAAGCGACAUGUGAUGCCGUCAAUAACUGCACCAGCGCGGAUCACGGGAUCUGUGUAACCACAGAUGUAUGCAGGUGUGAACCAGGCUACAUCGGUACCAACUGCAGCAAUGUUCCUACGUGCGGAAAUGUUGCUAACUGCACAGACCACGGAGUCUGUGUGGACUACGACACCUGUUUGUGUGAUGAACAGUGGGCAGGAGACAUGUGUGACCAGUUCUCAUGUGCAGCGUUGGAUUACUGUUCUGGACGUGGUCGUUGUGUGGACAUAGACGUCUGCCACUGUGACCAGGGCUGGACCGGCAGCUCCUGUGUCACACCGGACUGUCCUGCAGUCAACCAGUGUUCCCGCCAAGGGGACUGUGUUGGUCCCAACAUCUGCCAGUGUUACAGCGAAUAUCAAGGUCUGGACUGCAGUGAAGCCCUGAGCUGCCCUGAAUUGCAAGAAUGCAAUGAAAAUGGGGCCUGCUUCAAUAAUUCUGAAGGACAAAAUGAAUGUCUUUGCUUCCCAGGGUUCAGAGGUGCAAGUUGUGAUCACCCAGACUGUACAGAACAGAAUAACUGCACGAACCAUGGCAGCUGCAUAGAGCCUAACCUGUGUCAGUGUGGCAGCGGGUACACCGGACAUGACUGUGCCAACUUCUCUUGCGAAGCAUUGCAGUAUUGUUUUGGUCAUGGAAGCUGUGUGAGGUUCGACACAUGUAUCUGCGAUCCUGGCUGGUCAGGCGGUUCCUGUAACGUUGCGAUCUGCAGCAGGAAAGCUGACUGCUCCGGCCAAGGCACGUGUGUUGCCCCAAACACCUGCGAAUGUUUCCCUGGGUUUGAAGGAGAGAACUGCAGCGAAGUGAACUUACCUAAUGAACACCCUCCCAUAUUCCAGAAGGACAGAUAUGAUGCCACAAUUACCGAAAACCUGCCCAUUGGUUCGCCUAUACUUACAGUGUUUGCAAAUGAUAGCGACAUUGGUGGAAAUGGUGAAGUUAGGUACAGGCUUCUCCCAACAGGUUCGGAUGAUGAAAACUUUGCAGUGCACCAGACUUCAGGGGUCAUAACUUCAGUCGUUGAGUUUGACUUUGACUCGUUGGAGCGCGCGUCAUUCAGUCUCAUCGUCGAAGCAUUUGACCAAGGGGUGCCGAUAAUGACGGGAACAGCCACGGUAAUGAUAAACAUAACAGACCAGAAUGACAACAAACCUGUCAUCAACAUUCCUCCUGACACCGAGUAUAACCUUCAGUCCAACACCCCGAUCGGCUUCCACGUGGCUACUGUCCAAGCUUCUGAUGCUGACAGGUCUGAUAAUAACUCCAAAAUCACGUACGGAAUCACAAGUGUCAGCCGCUUCGUUUCUAUAGACGCCACAAAUGGUAGUGUUACCGUCAGCAGCGCCUUGGAAAGUGGGAACUACGUGGUGAAGGUCGGUGCGUCAGAUCACGGUUCACCGCCCCAAACAGAUGAGGUAACUCUCCGUAUGAUCGUGACCAAAGUAAGCACAAAUACAGCUCCGCGGUGCCCGGUAGAUGAAACUCUUGAGAUCUCUUCUCGCAAUGUUACAAGAGGAUCGACAAUCGCAACCAUAGAAGCAGAAGACCCCAACAACGGUCCAAACGGUGAACUUUCCUACAGUUUAAAGUCCCAAACAGGAGAACUCGCAAGCAUAUUCAGGAUUGACCCACCAACUGGUAGGAUCUAUGUUAUAACUACUGAGGUGCCACAAUUUGACGGCAAUUCAUCAGCCGUUUCAAUGACAAUAGAAGCCAGAGAUAACGCUGUGAAUUCAAUGGCCUGUGAAACAAAUGUCGUUGUAAUAAUAACCGCACCAUUAAAAACCACAUCUGAGCCAAAAACGACACAUGUAUCUACCACUGAAACACCACAGUUAGCCAUUACAACAGAGGGCAACGAUCGCUCCACCGCACUCAUAACAUCAGAAAGAGCAACGACAACCAACGAGUUUGAAACAGCAACACCUUUCAACGAAUCUACCAUCGGUUCUACAACACAGUCGGAUAUUACAACACAGCUGGACAGUACAACACAGCUGGACAAUACAACACAGCUGAACAAUACAACACAGCUGGACAAUACAACACAGCUGAACAAUACAACACAGCUGAACAAUACAACACAGCUGGACAAUACAACACAGCUGGACAAUACAACACAGCUGGACAAUACAACACAGCUAAACAAUACAACACAGCUGAACAGUACAACACCGUUGAGUGUUACGACCAGUAUGACAGAGGGCCUCCACAGCUCUACAGACAUCACUGCAACAGAAGGAGCAAGUACAACCGAGGAGCAUGAAAUAACAGCACCUUUCGACAGAUCCAGCACCGUUUCUACAACACAGCUGGAGACUACAACGCAGCUAGACACUACAACACAGCUAGACAUUACAACAAAGGUGAGCGUUACAACAGAGGGCUUUGUCAGCACUGCCGCUCUCCCAACAACAGAAGUAGCGACUACAACAGAGGAGAACGAAGUAGCUACAACCGGUUCUAGAACACAAGGAGGCAUUACAACACAGCUACAGACUACAACAAAGGGCUUCGACAGUUUUGCCACUCCCCAAACAACAGAAAGAGUAACUGCAACCGACGGCGAAGUAACGGCACCAUUCUACAGGUCUACUACCAGUGUGACAACACCAAAAGACACUACAGCACAGCUUGACAUUACAACAAAGCUACACACUACAGCAAAGGGUUUUGACAUCGCUACCACUCUUCUAACAAAAGAAGUGACUACAACAGAAGACUACAAAGUAACGACACCUUUCCACAGGUCUACAACACAGGUAGACACUACAACAAAGGACUUGGAAAGCUCUACCACUCUUUCAACAACGGAAAUAGUGACUACAACAAAAGAGAAUGAAAUAACGACACAUUUUGACGGAGAUACUACGGAUGCUACAAAACAGAUACACAUUGGGUCUACCGUCCUUCCUACAACAGAAAGAGCAAAUACACAAGGAGGAUAUGAAACAACGACGCAUAACGACAUGUCUACUACUGACUCUACAACACAGCAAGACAUUACAACAAUGAAAACCGAAAGUUCAACCGCCCCUCUUCCAACGGAAAAGUAUGAGAGUAGCACCUCAUUGAGAACAGCAACCGAAGACCACCCUAUAGUGGAGGCACAUUUGUUCAGAGGCGUCGUGAGGAUAGUGAAUCGUAUUUGGACGGAAGAACUGCGGAAUAUAUCAUCUGAAGAGUUUAAGACUUUGGCUGCAGAAGUCCAGCAAGGGCUGGAUGGUGUGUUCAGCAACAGCAACCUCUCGGAUGCAUACGGCUCUGUUCAGGUCAUCCGCUUUUCUCCCGGAAGUAUAAAUGCAGACUUCAUACUGCGUUUUAACUCAUCCACACGCAUUACCAGCGGUACCGUCCUGACUGUGCUUUCAGGGGUAACAAACAUCGGUAGUCUGCAGAUAGAUGAAACUGCCACCAGCAUCACAGAGUUCGAAGCAGAUGAAGAGAUGAGCAAUCUUGACCCUGGGUACAUCAUACUCAUCUGUGUUGGCGUUGCCUUCGUGCUUACAGCUGUUGUGGUGCUGGUGUUUUGCUACGUUUCAAAGAGACGCGCACGUCGUGGUAAGUACGCGUUGCCCGGGGAAGAUAAUCAGCUUCCUGAGAACACACGGUGGAACAUGCCGUUUCCACGAGCGAAGAACUCCCAAGAGUCCCAGAGACAGACGUACCAGAACCCAGUCUACAAUAUUAAUAUCAACGAUUGAUAUUGAAGAUGCAAUUGAAAAAUAUUUGGCAAACGUAACAAUGGAGUAAAGUUAAAAGAUUGUAGCAUUUCUUGAGUUGUGUUUACUGUAUUUCUAUAAUUACCUUGGAUUUUUUAAUUACGGAUUCUAUGGUUAAGUGUGUAUCCUAAUUAUAGCUAUUUCAAAUGUUUAUUUAUGAUAUAUUACUGCCUAAUAUGUAACAAUUUGAUCUCUCACAAAGACUUUGA